AUGUGGCAGGAUAUUUCAAAAGCGAGUAAAGAGGACACAGAAAUUCAAGAAUUUCUAGAGUUUCUAGAAAAGGGUGAGGUUCAAAAUUUGCCGAUCGUCUAUCGCGUGAUUGCCAACGAGUUAUGUGAGCUACAAGGUGUCCUUAUACGGGGUGACCGUAUUGUUGUACCGUGUUCGUUGCAGGAAAAAGUGCUGUUGACCGCUCACGAAGGACAUUCAGGGAUCACGAUGAUGAAGAAUCAUCUCCGGUCUCAUGUUUGGUGGCCUAAGAUGGAUGCGCAGGUAGAAAAGUUUGUGAAAAGUGGCAGAGGAUGUACAUUGGUGAGUGCUCCAGAACCUCCAGAACCGUUACAACGAAGCAAACUACCGAGUUCUCCGUGGCACACGAUUGCAUUGGAUUUUUUCGGUCCUUUGCCGGAAGGGCAACACCUCAUGGUUGUAAUAGACUACUAUAGCCGUUUCAUGGAGGUUUUCGAAAUGGAGACAAUAACGGCGUACGAUGUAAUAAGAGAACUUUCAAUUAUGUUUAGCCGAUACGGAAUCCCUUUCGUACUAAAAGCUGAUAACGCUCCUCAACUUCGCAGUGAUUGUGUAGAUUUGAAGGAAUUCUGUGAGGCAAACGGUGUCAGACUCAUGAACACAAUCCUUUACUGGCCACAAUCGAACGGUGAGGUUGAGCGACAAAACCGUUCGAUCGUCAAGCGUCUUCGUAUUGCUCAAAAACUUGGACAGGAUAGGUCAGUAAGUACGAUAUAUCUGUACAUCCAAGCAUCCUACAACAGGAAAAUCGCCGGGUGA